ACAGAAAGUUGAGAAUACGUAUAAACAAUGGUUAAAUUCGAUUGGCAGGUUAUUUCUUAACAACAAAAUAACUUAAAACAUUAAUAAUUUAGAAAUAUUCUAUUUUGAUAGUAUUUAGUUUAAACAAUAAGUAUAUUUAUUUUUUCUAAAUUUUCUAAAUAUGUUAGAGAAAACUCAUAUUAACGGUCACAUUUUAUUUAACGUUAAACUGCAUUAAUUAAUUUCUUAUGUUCACUUGAAAAUACGUUUAGUUUGUGUUUGAGUGUUUAAUCUCUUAUAAAUAUGAGACAAAAUUUCAUUCUAAAAUACCAGAUACAAACAUUUUAAUAUAUUAUAUUAAUAACAUUUGCCACUUAUUUCGAAAACAUUGGCACAAUGGCUCACACUUCUUCCCGAACUACUAUCGUAUUCAUUGUUGUUGCUUUGAUUUGUGCGUUCGUUCCUGCAUUCUCUGUUGAAGAAGCUGAAGCAAAAUCACUAUGGGAUACCUGUCUUCUUAAAAUCAGUCCAAAAUGUGCGUUGGAUAUAAUUGGUGUUGUCUUUGAAAAUUUAACCAUCACUGAUGCAUGUUGUCAUGAUCUUGUACAAGAAGGAAAAAUGUGUCACGAUACUCUUAUCAAAUAUAUUGCUGAGAAGCCGCAUUUAGUUGCCCACGAAACAGAGUAUUUGAAGAAAAGUGAUGAUUUGUGGACUCAUUGUGUCUCAAUUUCGCAAACUGCUUAAAAAUAUGUUAUGCUUGUAUUGAUCUACAAAAUUUUU